GUCAAAACAGCAGAAAAACAAGAAUGUGACCGUUCAUGUUUUACAGGAUAUUAAAUAAAUCUGCUAUCGUCACGCAGGCAAAGUGUAAACGAGAGAAGAGGUCAUGGUGCCUACAAUACUAUUUACAUCUCCAUCUUCCAUUGGAUAACGAAAAACCACCUGAUCUUUAUCUCAACAAAGCAGCAAGAAUGAAUACAGGACCAGAAGAUGCCAAAGUUCUAGUGAUAGGUUCAGGGUUUGCAGGUUUGGCCGCUGCAUCCAAGUUAAUCGAAGCAGGAUUUCAAAACGUCCUGGUUCUUGAGGCAAAGGAAAGAGUUGGAGGUCGAGUUCACACCACCAAACCAUUCACCGAGAACAUUAUCGAAGUUGGAGCAAACUGGAUCCAUGGGCAGAAAGGAAACCCAUUGUACAAGAUUGCCAAAGAGGAGAACCUGCUAUCUGAAGGACCGUCAGCAAUGAAAAACAUGUGCCUUCCUCAUUCUGUCUCCCCUCGAGAUUACUUUUUCAACCAGGAUGGCAAGCCAGUCUCCAAAUCAAUAGUAGAUCAAGUGUGUGCACGCUUCAGCAAGCUCACGGAUAAAGCUUUUGAUGAUGAGCUGGACGGCAAGUACAGAAAACUAACACUGGGUGCGUAUUUAGAUGAUGCCUUUGGAGGAACAGCAUUAUCCAAAACUGAAGAUGCCCGACAAGUUUAUGAAUGGUGCAAGAGGGUUGAAUGCACGGAUGAGGCUUGCUCCAGUCUGUACGAGAUUUCUGCAUCUCAGCUUAGCAAUUACACCGAGCUAGAGGGAGGCUUUUUCAACACUUUGGGACCUGGUGGAUAUCGAGCAAUUUUAGAUGUUCUUCUUAGAGUUGUUCCUUCAGGAGCUGUCCGGUGUAAUGCACCAGUUAAGACCAUACACUGGGAUUUGGUUAAAGAAGGCCAGAGCAAAGAGCAAGAUCAUCCUGUUCAGGUGGUCUGUGAAAAUGGACAGACUUUUGAAGCAGACCAUGUGAUAGUCACUGUAUCUCUUGGUGUUCUCAAAGAGCAUGCUAAAACCAUGUUCGAACCGACUUUACCAGAAAAGAAGCUGUCCGCUAUUGAUGAUCUCGGCUUUGGGAUUGUGAACAAAAUCUUUCUGUUUUUCGAGAAAAGUUUCUGGCCGGAUGAUUGCGCUGGGGUUCAGCUGGUGUGGACAGAGGGACUCGAGGAUAAAGAUGUGUAUGAGGCUCUGUCUGAAGGAGAAGACUGGAAACAGACGUGGUUUAAGAAGAUCACUGGUUUUGAUACGGUGGCUCGUCAUCCUACGGCUCUGUGUGGCUGGAUCACGGGCAGAGAAGCACUUUAUAUGGAGGGUCUUCAGGACAGGGAGAUCGGGGAAGUCUGUGUGAGGUUGCUCAGGUCUUCCACAGGUUGGUCAGUACCAGAAGUGUCAAAGACGCUGAUCUCCAGAUGGGGUUCUGAUCCUCAAGUCCGCGGCUCUUAUACAUUUAUUCCUGAUGGUGUUGAUGGAGUGGAAGCACACAAGGCUUUAGCGUCUCCUCUUCCCCCUAAACACAGGUCCAGGGGAAGGAAGAAUCUUCAGAUUUUGUUUGCUGGUGAAGCGACGCAUGUGAACUUCUACACCACCACCCAUGGAGCCUAUUUAUCCGGACUCCGAGAAGCAGAAAGACUCAUCAGCUAUUACUCUGACUGAACAUACAGUCACAAAGAUAGAGGAACAUACACUUUGGUUUUAUGAAGAAACAUUUUAUGAGCGUAAAAAACACUUUAUAGACUUGCUCUUACAUCAUAUAGAGUCUGCGUUUUGUCUUUGCAUGACCCAGAAGACAUUUAUAGCUUAACUGUGAGUGCUUACAAAUGACAUCCACCUGCUCGUGUUAUCAUGCAUAUCUCCGUCCUGUUAAUUGUUAAACAUCACCGACGUGUCGUACGUGUAGUACUGAUGAAGAAAUAUUCUUUUGCACUUGCCAAGCAUUUAUACAGUUAUGGAGAAAAAAAUUAAAAAACCACUUGAAAAUUCCUAGUUUCUCUGGAUUUAUUAGGUGUGUGUGUGUAUGAGUAAUAUUAUUUGUUUUAUUUUAUAAACAUCUAAUUUUUUUCCAAAUUUUAAUAAUAAUAAUAAUAAUAAUGAUUUUAAUGUAUAAAAUGAUUUAUAAUUACAAUUUUUUUUUUCAGAAAAUAUCAAUUGGUCACAAUAAAAAAUCAUUGUGAUUGAAAACCAGGGUUAUUCCAGCAAACAUCGAUUUCUUAACUUUUUAGAACUAAAACAAAAUAUGUUGUCUUAAAAUGAACAUAAUUAUGUGUUUUGUUUGUUUAUUGUUUUAUGCAAAAUAAUAAUAACAAAUGAUAAAAUUACAACAUUCAGAAUUAUGUCAUCAGUAUAUUAUAGAAUAAAAAUAAAUUAUGUAUUGCUCAAAGACAUAAAUCGAAGAAACUGGGAAUUUUCAUGUGCUCUUAAUCUCAUUUCAUUGUACAAUAUUCAUAUUUUCCAAAAAGAAUGUUAGUCAAUUAUAGACGUAAAUUAGUAUAUUACAGCAUUUUUUUUAAAUCCUGACCUACAUGUACAUGUAUUUUGAAAAUUUAGAAAUGAAGCUGAUCCAUAUAACAUAUGAUGAGCUAUUUAUCUGCAAUACAGUGCCUUGAUUGAACAGAAUCGUUUAUUGGGAAUAUCUAUGUUUGUCUAUUUAAAACAAUAAAAGCACUUUUACCCCCAAA